ACGAUACAGAAUUAAAUUUAAAUUAAAUUAAACAGAACAAAAACGCGGCAAAUCGUACUUCGCGCUGACACGCAUACACGUGCAUACAUAUAUAAAUAUUAAAAAUACAUUGUAUUGCUUAAUUUUUUUUGUUGGUUGCUUCGUCAAGUCGGUUGAUUACAAGUGCAUAAACUCGGGAGCUCUUCGAACGGGUCCAAGUUAAAGAAAACACCACCACCACAAAAGCAGAAGCGACAACUUUGCCGUGUGUUUUUAUUGAGCUAUUUGUAGCUCAACGCAACCACCACAGAAACUCGAGGAAAUCAAAAAUGGCCGAAGCCAAUAAGAGGAAUAUCCCCAUCAAACUGGGCGACUUCAGCGUCAUCGAUACGGAGUUCAGCAAUAUUCGGGAAAGAUUCGAUUCCGAGAUGCGCAAAAUGGAGGAGGAGAUGGCCAAGUUCCGCCACGAGCUGAUGAACCGGGAGGCAAACUUUUUCGAGUCCACAAGCUCAACGACAAACUCGGCGCUGCCAUCGCGAAUCCCCAAGCAACAGAACUACGUGUCCGACAUCAGUUCACCCUUGAUACAGGAUGAGGGCGACAACAAAGUGCUAAAGCUCCGCUUCGACGUCAGCCAGUAUGCGCCCGAGGAAAUUGUUGUGAAGACCGUUGACCAGAAGCUAUUGGUGCAUGCCAAGCACGAAGAGAAGUCGGACACAAAGAGCGUAUACAGAGAAUAUAACCGUGAAUUUCUACUGCCCAAGGGCGUGAAUCCCGAGUCCAUCCGUUCGUCCCUCAGCAAGGACGGAGUUCUAACAGUGGAUGCGCCGUUGCCAGCCCUCACCGCCGGCGAGACAUUGAUUCCUAUUGCGCACAAGUAAAGGCCAUCAAACCAUCCCAUCCCAUCCAAUCCCAUACCACCUUCCGGCGCGAGAGAUGAAGGAUCAGAUCAGAUCAUCACGCCGAUAAUAUUGGAUU